CAUCGACGCCAACUGCCAAGGUCGAGCCUGAGGACUCCAAGCCCUUCUCCUAUGAAGAGCAUGAAGAGUAUUCUUGGCUCGCAAAUGCUGUAUCUAGUGCCAUUCGGUUCAUCAUGAACAUCUUUCGCCCAGUAGCACCUCAGCUGAUUCCAUUAUUCGUAUGUCUUGCUCUAAUUCCAGUUAUCAUACUUUUCUCCCUUUUUUCGGGCUGGUACGUUUGGAAGAAUGUUGCUGUAGGGUGGGAGUCCCCUAUGUAUCUGCAAUAUGGCGAUGGUACUUCUCCGUAUGCUGAGAUAUCGUUGCCAUCUCUGGCACCUAGUCAACCCUAUGAUAUCUCCAUGCACCUCGUUAUACCAGCAUCAGAGACGAAUUUUGCCCUAGGGAACUUCAUGACUACUUUGACGCUCUCGACGCCUUCUAAUAGAACUCUGACAUCCAUUAGGAAACCAGCUAUAGUUCUGCCACCUACAAAAAGCCGAAUAUGGUCGUCGCCCAAGUUAGUCAACCUUGACAUUCUCUUCCUUGAGUCGCACGCACCCGGCGCGUCUCGCGUCAUCGCCAGAGUGGAAUUGGGGCGCAGGGAUGGAUGGAGGGCCCUUGGUAAUGGUGAAGGACGAGAGUUAAGCGUUUUUUCUGCAUCCCUGAGAGGGACCGUCAAGCGCCACGGAAUUCGGGGGCUUGUGACACGCUUCCCAAUUACUUUUGCCAUUGUAUCAUCUGCCACUUUUCUCGUGAUAUCUCUUCUUGUGCUUGCGGCAUGCAUACUUCCUGCAAUUCAGUGGCGCUUCCCAAGUGAGGCUGACGGAUCUGGUGAGCUGACCGAAGAAAUCGCCAAAGAGCGCAUAUACCGCAAGAGGCGGCAAAGGAGAAAGCUAUCCCCAAGAAAUGAAAAUGCUUCGCAAAGCGAAUAUAAAACAGAGGAUGUCCCGAUUGAUAUGCCUCCUGCGGUUACGUUCUCUGAACAGCCAUUACGGCGGCGUCGCUCAAGAGCCUCAGAUGUUUUCUACGAUUCUGAACCUUAGAUGUUUCCUCUUGAACUAAUUUUACUGUGUAAUUUUUCUCCACGGACGUGUUUCAUUGCCACACCUGACAAUUGUAUUUAUAGUUCUGUCCCCAGUGGUAGUAGUAGGUACAAUCUCGCCUCUUGUAAUCGCCUGUAAAUCCAGUGUUUCACACCGCUGUA